AGCAGCAGCAGCAACAGCAGCAGCAACACCAUGGCAAGCAACUGUUCAUUUCCAUAUGUGGAUUCAGUGAUGGGGUAUAUGGAGCUGAUCAUCUAUGUCCCCACAUUCAUCAUUGGUUUGAUUCUCAAUGUUGCAGCGCUGUUUGUGUUCUGUGUCUUUCUGCGAAAAUGGACGGAGUCAACUAUCUACAUGACCAGCUUGGCUCUGAUGGACGUGCUCCUCCUCUUUCUCCUUCCCUUCAAAAUGUACGCCACCCAUCACCGCUGGUCUGCCUACCUCCAACCUUUCUGUUCAGCCUUGGAAAGCUUGUAUUUUGUUGGGAUAUAUGGCAGCAUCUACACAAUCAUGUGUAUAGCUGUGGACCGAUGGGUGGCUAUCUGUCACCCGUUUGAAGCCAAGCAACUGCGCUCACCCAAAGUGGCUCUGGGGACCUGCUUGGCAGUCUGGGUAGUAGUGCUGGCAGUUAUCUUCCUAACCAUGAGUGGCUUCAGGGAGGCCGGGCAGAAAAACUUCCACUGCUUUCACACUUUUUCAACAAAAGGCUGGAGCCCUGCGGUGAUCAUUUCUCUGCUGUUGUUUGGGUUCCUGGUGCCUGUGCUAGUGCUGGUUUUCUGUUCAGUCCAGACCAUCUGUGCACUUCAGCAGUCCGGCCAGCACAGCCCAAAGAGCCAGGCCUGUGUAAAAAUCAUCUACAGCAGUCUGAGUGCCUUCCUGGUGCCUUUCACCCCCAGCCACCUGGGCAUCCUCCUGCAGUUCCUGGUGCACCAAAAAGUGAUUCAAGACUGCAGCAUCAUGGGCCACAUCAGCCUGUUCCUACAAUUAUCCUUGUGCCUGUCUAACAUCACCUGCUGUCUGGACGCUCUGUGCUAUUACUUCAUCGCUCAUGAGGUGAGGAGCCCCAGAAACAGCUUCAGGUUGUCAAUGAUCAGCCAAAGAAGAGCCACCUUCAGCACUUCAGAGGUCUGAACACGGAAUAAAGUUAAAUACAUUUAAAAUAUAUCAUUUGUCCUCAGAGGACUGCAAGUAUAGAAUACUGGAGCUGGCAUCUUGAACUUUAGGGCAGAGCAAUGAAACUGAAAAAGGGGCCAGUACUGUUUUCAGUAGCUGAUUGGAAAAUGUGGCGUUAAGAGUAAUGGGUGGAAACAGGUCAGAGUGCAAUCUCAAUUAACCACAGUGCUGAGAGUAAAGCUUAAGGGAGAGGAUUUGACUAGCACUGAUACAUGAUUUAGUCCAUUGACAGGAAGCCGGUAGGUACCUGUUUAACCUCAGAGAGAUCUGUUACCCAUAGACUGCAAAAAGAAAAUCUGCCAACAAGUCACAGUGUGACUUAAAUGAAGAACCUUGUGAGAUGGCUCGAAAGCACUCUCAGGUCAUCCAGUCCCACACAAAGACAGUGAGUGAGAAACUGAUUAAGGGGUACGUGUGCAGAGGUUUGAAUUCUACUGUGUGCGUUUAAAAGUCAAGUCAAAGAUAUGUCAUAGGCUGCUCAGAAGAACCACGUAAGAUCAGGGCCGAUACAUUCCGGACCAGUUCGGCUCAACAGAUAUUUGAUAUAAAUUGUAAAACGUCUGGUUAGACAUCUAAUUAUAAUAAUAAUCAUAGGUUUUAUUUAUAUAGCAUCAUAUAUAAAAUAAAAAACACAAUAAAAUACAUAAAAAGUCAACUUGAAACAAGUAAAUAAUGAAAACUUAAGCAAAUUAAACUAUUAAUUUGAUUUUAAUUUCCAUAUUCACUUAUCUAGUAUAUUAAAAAAUUAUGAUCUGUAAAUCUCACAGUCACCAACCAGUUGGGAUCAUGAAACACAUUAAUGUAAGUCUUUGAUAUUCAUUAAUAAUUAUCUAGAAUUACUUUCUUAAUAUCAUCAGAUUUUUAUAAACUAAAAGGUUUGACAGUAAAACAUUUCAUUACUAUCUUAAUUAUCGAUGAUUUCUUAGAUUGGUUCUUCAACUCAUUGUUAUUGAAAUAUUACUAACUUGUAUUCCAUCAGAUCUAUCAUUGAUUAACAAAAAAUAAUUAUGAAUAUUGCAUCUUAAAAUAGAUUUAACUUUUUGGGUAUUCUGACAUGGUUAAUUUUUAGCAUUUGAUGCGAAGAGAAGAUACAUUUAUGUGUCCGUUCUGUAAAUCAUUAUAGAAAUAAAGCCCAUGGCUGAGGGCCAAAGGUUUUCUGUAUAACGUGUCUGUAUAUUUUAGAAAUCUUCUCUGACCUUAUUCAUGGAAAAUCAAAGAAAAAUGUUCAGGGAGAUUACCGUUUUCAGUUACAGAUUAUAUUUCUUAUAAGGCAAGGUCGGCUGACAGUUUUACGACUGCAAGCUGUUUUUAUUUGUUCUUACAUAUCAGUUUCUUUAAUCUCACCACAAUGUGACAUGCUGUCGGUCAUGAAAUAUCUACAUAUCAUUUUAUAUUUUUUUAUUUUUACAAUGUAGCUUUAAAGGUGCAAUAAUAUUAGAAGAAUUGUUAAAAGCCAUCUAUUAAUAUCCGUCACCAUGACCUGUGAACUAGUAAGACUGUUGAUGAGACAGUUUUGAUAUUAGUAUGUUUACAGGAGCACUUUUGAUGUAUGUGAAUGCAGUCAAAACUAAACCCAAAUGGAAAGCUAUACAUGCGGUACAUUAAGCCACUCUCUGUCUUAUUUUGUUAAAUAGAGACGGCCUUGUUGUAAAAGUGAAAGGUUUCAAUAAGUCUAGACAGCGCUCCAUUAGGGGUUUUAUUGUAUAUUAAUGCUGUUUUUUUUUUGUUUAAAAUAAUGAGUGUAAAGCUGUGUUCUGAAAACAGAAACAAGAUAUGAAACCUGUCACGUUUUUGGUUUAUUUGCAUUACUUCUAUCCUAAUAUUUUCAUUUUGCACUAGCCUCCUCUUUAUUGAGUUUCAGUGUUAUUUGCUUGUGCUCAAUUCCGUUUUAUUUUCAUUUCUGUCAUUGUUCAGUAAAAUGUGUUAUUGUGAAGCAAUGAGG